GAAAAUGUCUGAUAUUACUAAAACCACUAUAACUCAAGGACAAGCUUCACCCGUAACUGCCGAUACGGUUCUCACGAGUGCUCAAGAUGCAGAGUCCCAAAAUCCAAUCUCUCGUGUGGUUGUAAUUGCUAUUGAUCAAUCCGAGCAUAGUCAGAAUGCAUUUGAUUGGGCAAUUAAAAAUUUCUUGAGAAAGGAUGGCGACUUGGUUGUACUGGUCAAUGUACGACCGAUUCCAACAGUUCCAGGUCAAUAUUCAGCUCUUGGCGCUAGUUAUAUGGAUUUUACUGAAGUCGUAGCAAGUUUAGAAGAACAAGUGAGUUUGCGGUCUUCCAUUUGUAUGACUCAUCGUGUUAGUAGUCAUACUCUUUUAAAAGAAUUUUCAGCAAAACUAAAAAGUCAUGAUUUUGCUUGUCAAGCCAUAGCUAUGCGAGGAGAUGCACGCGACGAAAUCGUUCGUAAGGUUUCUGAAUUAAAAGCAAGUGCCUUAAUAGUUGGAUCUCGUGGUUUAGGUGCUUUGAAACGUAUAUUCCUUGGUUCUGUGAGCGAUUACUGUAGUCAUCACUGCGAUUGUACAGUUAUUAUCGUUAAAACCACUGAGCAAGAAUCGAGCGUGUGA